AAACUUUCGGAUUAAGGAGAGAGAAAACACGUCAGAAAAUCGGAAACUUUAGGAAUGGCUUUUCGCAGGAGAAACAAGAGUUAUCCUUUCUUUAGCCAAGAGUUUCUCAUUCAGAACCAUGCAGACAUCGUACUAACUUUGGUGAUUUUCAUUUUGAUUGGGUUGAUGUUUGAGGCAACAGCCAAGACUGCUAUUUUGUUUAUCCAACCACAGUACAACAUCAGCAUCCUGACUACAGAGGGAGAGGUGUCCCUGUAUCACUAUGGAUGGAAAGAUUGUGCUACUGUGCUCUUCUACCUCUUCAUCACCAUCAUCCUCCAUGCCGUGGUGCAGGAGUAUGUGCUGGAUAAAAUAAACAGGAGGCUGCAUCUCUCCAAGAGUAAGAACACCAAGUUUAACGAGUCAGGGCAGCUGUGUGUCUUCUACCUGCUGUCCAGCAUCUGGAGUCUCUCUGUUCUCACAUCAGAGGGAUACCUCCUACAUCCCAGCAGCCUUUGGGAGAACUAUCCUCAUGUCCAUCUGAGGUUUCAGGUGAAGUUCUUCUAUCUGACCCAGUUAGCUUACUGGUUCCACGCCCUGCCUGAACUAUACUUCCAGAAAGUACGCAAGGAGGAGAUCCCUCGGCAGCUCCAGUAUAUUUGUCUGUAUUUGUUGCACAUCCUGGCUGCCUACCUGCUGAAUCUAACGCGUGUGGGGCUGGUUCUGCUGUUUCUGCAGUAUCUCUCCGAACUUGGCUUCCACCUCUCCAGACUCUUCUACUUUAUCGAUGACAACCAUCACAAGAUGUUUGAUGUGUGGUCCGUUGGGUUUGUGCUCACCCGUAUGGGAACGUUAACACUGAUGUUUCUGGCUGUGGGGUUCGGUUUGGCCCGUUCUGAAAACCAGACCCUGGACUGGGAAACAGGAAAUUUCAACACACUCUUUAUCAGGUUGGCGGUUCUGUUUCUGGUAUGUUCCACUCAAUCCUGGUUGCUAUGGAAGUUUUUCCGGUUCCAGCUACGUAGGACGCGGGAAUUCCGGCUGGAGCAGGCGGCUCGGAAACGAGCAGCAGCCAAACAGACUCCUCGCGCACUGAAGAGAGACUCAUUUGGUCAUCAUGAGAACGGUUUGAUGAAGGCUGAAAACGGAACGUCUCCUCGUCUGAAGAAGAUCAAAACCCCAUAGCCCCGCCCCCUCAAACGAAGACUGGCCUGGGAGUGGCUCACAGACGGGAACAGGAAAUGGGUCCUCCUCAUCCACUUCCUGUUUCCAAGUCUGGUGUCCAGAGGAGAGAGGGCAAUCCUUUCAAGCCGAUGCUCCAGAGGUCAUGACAUUUUGGUUGACCUCUGGUGAUCUCUUCUCAGUAUCAGUAUUCCUUACUUGUCAUGCAUUAGCAGGGCUUUGUUUCCUGAGCUCUGAAACACUCACACACACACAUUUUGUUUCCUUCUCUCUCUCUCUCUCUGUCCCUGUUGUUCUCUUUAGCUCAGUUCUGUACCCAUUUGGAGCUUCCUCCAGUAACCCAGGGAGACUCCACUGCAGAGAGUAUGUAUGCAAAGUUAUAGUCCAGCCUAAGACACACUGAAUAGCAGAGUUAGUGGAGAAGUGUGUGAGGUGUUUUUUGUAGAGGGGAGAGUUUUAGGAUCUCACAGGACUUUAGACAGGUGGCUAAUGACCCCAUGUUCCCUCAUUGUUGGUUUAGUAACAGUGGGAUUCUGUUUGGUAAGGGAAGGGGUUUGGAGGUGCUUUUGCAUUGGGCUCUCGUUCUCCCUCUUUCUCUCUCUGUCCUUCUCUCUCUUUUUUUUCUCUGUUUUUGUUUUUUCUGCCUAGUACUAUAUCUGCAUUGCUUAUAUAUAUAUUACCAUACAUUUUUUUCUGAUCUGUUUUUUUUCUUUCAAGAACAGAAUGAGGGGGAGGCUAGUGAUGUCAUAAUGGAAGUUUUGAAACUUCAUCUGAAUUCCGAUGGAAUGUUCAGCUUAUUCAAAAUUCCAAAUGAUGAUUCAGCCUUUACAGUGGCUACUUCCUUUGUUAGAAUGUCUUCUCCUUCAGUUGUAUUCUGUAAGAUUUGGGGAGGAGGGUUGCAUUGCUCUGAGAUUAUAUGGGUAGUACAGUGGCCCAUAAGACACUCAGAGCGCUGGCUUCCCUCACAGGUUUCUUUUAUGUAAGGCAGACAAGCGCACCGCCACUUUAAAUGUAAAAGCAAGGGGUGGAGACUGGAGUGUUUCUAUCUGAUCUCUCAUUGGGAGACGUGCCCACAUAGCCACAUUAUCCCAUCCUGUCCCUUUAGACACGGUCAUACAUGCAGUUUGUUCAUGCAGCUUCUUUUGUUCAUGUUCAAUAAUCAUGCAACUCGUUACCGGAAUGAAAUUACUUUGCUUUAGAGAUGUUGAUGUUUCUUUUUUUUGUUGUUAUUUUUUGUCAUUGUUCUUGAGUUUUCUAGGUAAUAAAAAAUGAUAUUCAGA